AUGGUUACCAAUAACUCAAUAGGUAAUACAAGUCUGGUCGGCAGUUCAACUAUACACACGUCUUACUUAGAACAGCCGUCGGGUUCAAGUUCGGUAAUACUUUACGGUAACGGCAAUAACAAUUCAUCAUUAACUAAUAUCAACAGCAGCAAUAUUUCCAGUAGUAGUAACAAUAGUGUAGCGAAUGGAAAUACUUUGGAACAUUAUCGCUUACAAUUAUAUAAUUAUGCCUUGAAUAUGGAACGUUUAAGAGGCGGUGGACCUCCAACAUAUACAGCUGCUGCUGCUAUGGCCGCGGCAGCGGCAUACGCUUCCACAGGCAAUCACAACACGAACAGUUUAAAUAAUAGCGCAUAUGCCGCAACUCCCCCAAAUGUCAAUAUAAUAAACAACGGUGGCCCUGGUAGCAAUCGCCUAACUUUGGCUUCGAUGACCUUGUUCUCACAACGUAUGUUCCAGCCAGAGGAGCCUAAACCGCAGCACAGUUAUAUCGGUUUAAUAGCAAUGGCCAUCCUGAGUUCCGUUGAGACAAAACUUGUGCUUUCCGAUAUCUAUCAGUAUAUACUUGAUAACUAUCCUUACUUUCGAACAAGAGGGCCUGGUUGGAGAAACUCGAUACGACAUAACUUAUCACUAAAUGACUGCUUCAUAAAAUCAGGUCGAAGUGCCAACGGUAAAGGGCAUUAUUGGGCUAUACACCCUGCUAACAUUGAUGAUUUUCGCAAAGGAGAUUUUCGUCGGCGUAAAGCUCAGCGUAAAGUGCGUAAACAUAUGGGUCUAGCAGUUGAUGAUGCCGGUACCGAUUCGCCAAGUCCACCGCCUGCAAUGGAUUUAACAUCUCCCCCGCCGCCAUCACAUCAUAAUAUUUCCACAAUCACACCGUUAGCAACGGCCGCUCAGCAAUUGGCAGCGCACGCUUUUGGUUAUUUAAAUCAACAACGUUUUCCUCACCACAGCGGGACACUCUUGCAACAUCACCAUCAUCACCAACAUCAACAAACGCACCCACACCAUUAUAUGGGUCAAAUUUUAGUACAGCGACCCAUGGCGAAUGCUAUGCCUCACUAUGCCGCUGCUGCGGCAGCAGCUGCUGCUGCCGCUGCCUUUUAUAAUAACCCAGGGGUCAAGGAACAGCAUACGCAUUACCAGUCCACAAUUAAACCGCAAUUGCCGUCACCGAACUCGUUACCGCAAAGUCAAGAGCAACAUCCUCCGUCUGAUGCCCAACAAAUAAUUGAAGGACCAAGUAACAAUUCUAGCCCGCACAGUCGACCCAAAACUUUUACUUCAUCCACUUCAACAGCUCAAGACAUAAGUGAUAUAUUUACACAGAGCCGGAAGCGUCAAUUUGACGUGGCUUCUUUGCUGGCGCCCGAUAACAUAAUAAUACGACCGGAACCACACGUUUCUCCUUUCGCCGCUAUUAGUAAAAAUCCUCUCCACUCCAAUCAUCCGCAAUCGCAUAAGUCACCCUUUCAGCAAUGUUAUGCAAGCGCGGGAAGUACUCCAACAAAUUCAAGGCCUCAAGACAUGGCGCUGAAAUUUGGUUCGUCUAAUCGUAUGGACACAAUCAACAACAAGGACAACGAUGACGAUAGCAGCACUCCGACUAUAGUCGUUGUUAAUGACCAAGAAAUGGAAGACAUUGACGUUGUCGUUGAUACGGACGAUGACGAUGAUGAAAGUCAUGAGAUCGAGGCAGAUGAUGACGACUACGGUGACGCCGAUGCUGACGCCGACGAGGAAGGCGAGGAAAGAUUAGAUUCGUUGCGACAAAAUGAAAACGAUUUGAACUCGAAACUUGGCGAUAGGACACCGCCAAUUAGUAUUUAUUCGGACAAUGAUGAAAAGAUUGUUCUCAACGACAAUGAUGAAGAUGAUGAUUACACAAUAAACGCUAACGAUAUUAAUCAUAAUGACAUGGAAAAUAAACAGUUACAAGUGACGGCAAAUUAUGAUCCAAAAAGUAAACGGAUUUCGCAACAUUUCAUUGAUGCUAACGGAACGGAAAUAAAUGAAGAAAUCGUUGACUGCGUGUAUAGGCAGGAUACUGCUUUUAAUAGAACUACAAAUAUCAGUCCCCCAGUAUUAGCCGCUUACAAUAGUAUUAAUGAUUCACAACCGCCGUCACCUGCAGAUCAAUCUGCAGUUCGAAGUUGCAAUGAAUUGCCGGAAACCAGUAAAAGUCAAGAGAAUUUUAAGCAACAAUCAUUAGAUGCUCACCAUAUAUUAGGCUGUUACUAUGGAACCUACAUGGCAGCGGCUGCUGCAAGAUUGACUUCAACCAGAAAUGUUGAAUAA